AUGGCUGCCACCACCAUCUCACCAAGAGCCCUCGACGUCCCCGGGCAUGGAGUGCGCCCUCCGAAGCGACUGAGCCUCUUCAAGCCCAAGACGUGGUCCACCAUCGGGAAAUCUUCCAGCUCGAGCCAGAACGCGUCCGCCUCUUCGUCCCGCCGCUCCAGCAGGGACCACGGAGACGCUGCCGCUGCCGCCAACAACAACAACCAGGCCGAGGCGUCGUCAUCGUCGUCUACAGCCCCCGAAUCGCCAUCGAACACGUCGCCCCCGACCUCGGUGCCCCAGUCGCCGUCGCGGACCAGCAUGGCCAACGACCUGGUGGCCAAGCCGGACGACGAGGGCCGGAUCCACUUUUUUCACCGCGGCCAGGACAACUUUUGGCUCUCCAACAGCUCGGACCACGCCGUGUACAGCGACAAUGUGCGCUACCCGACGGCCGAGCACCUGUUCCAGUCGACCAAGUUCCUGCCGCACCGGCCCGAGAUUGCGGCCAAGGUGCGCAAGGCGAGCAACCCGAUCGACGCCAUCAAGGUGGCGCGCAAGUACUCGACCGACGUCAAGCCCGGCUGGAUCAAGGAGGGCCUGAAUGUCCAGGCCAUGCGCGACGUGCUACUGCUCAAGUUCACGCAGCACAGCGACCUGCGGAUGGCGCUGCUCGAGACGGGCGACGCCGAGCUGGUCAAUGCCAGCCCGACGGACGCCUUUUGGGGCGCGGCGGGCAACGGCCGUGGCAGAAACGAGCUGGGCAAGGCCAUUGAGACGGUGCGCGAGACGAUCCAGGGUGCUAGCGGCCUCGGCAUUGGUAGCGGCGCCAGGACCGUCUAG